AUUGCAAUGUUAUUGCCAGUACCUAUUGAGUUACGUUAUUUAUUAGUACUUUGCAAAUUGAUUACAGAAUAUCAUAAUAUUAAUUACAAAAUAACAAUGAAUUCCUUUUUCUUCCUAAACCAUUAAUGCCGUAAUGGCUCGUUUGAGUGUAAGUAGAACUGCCGAAAGAAGAAAAAGGAAUGCGGCUGCUUUAAUUUGUUUGUUUUCUUGGAGAUGUAUACUGCUGUUAGUGCUCUAGUGCUUUUAAUGGCAUCGGCAGCAUCUCUCAAUAGUUAUAGGCCAAAGGGUUAGGCGUUAUUCUCUUGAUAGUUUUUACAAACGAGAGUAUGUUCAACGAAUUUUGAAUGACAACGAAUCAUGCAUUUCACUACUUAGGAUGAAUUUGCAAGCUUUUUUCAAACUAUGUGAAAUGCUAGUGAGUUUAGGAGGAUUACAACCAACAAAGAACAUAGAUAUUGAUGAACAAGUAGCAAUCUUCUUACAUAUUCUUGCUCAUCAUGUUAAAAAUCGAGUCAUUCAAAACAAUUUUAAAAGGUCAGGUGAGAGUAUCAGUCGAACGUUUCAUAAAGUCUUGAAUGCACUAAUGCGCUCGCAAGGUCAUUUGUUUAGAACACCCGAACCCGUUCCAACAAAUUGUAGUGACAAUCUAUGGAAGUGGUUUAAGAAUUGUUUAGGUGCUUUAGAUGAGACCUUUAUCAAGGUUAAUGUGCCAAGUUGUGAUAAGCCUAGACAUCGAACUCGUAAGGGCGACAUUGCUACAAAUGUUUUAGGUGUGUGCACUCCUGAUAUGCAAUUUGUAUACGUUUUAAGUGGUUGGGAAGGAUCGGUGGCUGAUAGUCGAGUUCUUCGUGAUGCAAUUAGUAGGGCACAUGCAUUAAAAGUGCCACAUGGUUGUUAUUACCUAGUUGAUGCUGGUUAUACAAAUUGUGAAGGCUUUCUAGCACCUUUUAGGGGGCAAAGGUAUCAUUUGAAUGAAUGGCGUCAAGGUUAUCAACCUACAAGCUCACAAGAAUUUUUUAAUAUGAAACAUGCAACUGCCCGUAAUGUGAUUGAGAGAUGUUUUGGGUUACUAAAAAUGAGAUGGGGUAUUUGAUAAGCACCCAGAAUAGCACUUAUAAGGGGUCUUUAUUAGAUUAAAAGCGCAUC